AUGGUGCCUCACGACGGUGACUCCAUGGUGCCUCACGACGGUGACUCCAUGGUGCCUCACGACGGUGACUCCAUGGUGCCUCACGACGCUGACUCAAUCGUGCCUCACGACGGUGACUCCAUGGUGCCUCACGACGCUGACUCAAUGGUGCCUCACGACGGUGACUCCAUGGUGCCUCACGACGGUGACUCCAUGGUGCCUCACGACGGUGAUUCCAUGGUGCCUCACGACGGUGACUCCAUGGUGCCUCACGACACUGACUCCAUGGUGCCUCACGACAGUGACUCCAUGGUGCCUCACGACGCUGACUCAAUGGUGCCUCACGACAUUGACUCAAUGGUGCCUCAUGACGCUGACUCAAUGGUGCCUCACGAGGGUAAGCCCAUGGUGCCUCACGACGGUGACUCAAUGGUGCCUCACGACGGUGACUCAAUGGUGCCUCACGACGGUGACUCCAUGGUGCCUCACGACGGUGACUCCAUGGUGCCUCACGACGGUGACUCAAUGGUGCCUCACGAUGGUGACUCAAUGGUGCCUCACGACGGUGACUCCAUGGUGCCUCACGACGCUGACUCUAUGGUGCCUCACGACGGUGACUCCAUGGUGCCUCAUGACAGCGACCCCAUGGUGCCUCACGACGGUGACUCAAUGGUGCCUCACGACGGUGACUCCAUGGUGCCUCACGACGGUGACUCCAUGAUGCCUCACGACGCUGACCCCAUGGUGCCUCACGACGGUGACUCCAUGGUGCCUCAUGACUGUGACUCCAUGGUGCCUCAUGACUGUGACCCCAUGGUGCCUCAUGACUGUGACCCCAUGGUGCCUCAUGACAGCGACCCCAUGGUGCCUCAUGACUGUGACCCCAUGGUGCCUCACGAUGUAUUACAGUGGUGUGACGACGACGAUGAUGAAAAUGACAAUGAUGGCGAUGAAGAGGAUGGUGACGGAGAUGACGAUGAUGAAAAUGACAAUGAUGGCGAUGAAGAGGAUGGUGACGAAGAUGACGAUGAUGAAAAUGACAAUGAUGGCGAUGAAGAGGAUGGUGACGCAGAUGACGAUGAUGUUACUGAUGAUGAUAGUUAA